UAGUGCCCUUGGUGGUGUCCUUGGUGGUGCCCUUGGUGGUGUCCUUGGUGGUACCCUUGGUGGUGCCUCUAGUGGUGCCUCUGGUGGUGCUCUUGGUGGUGCUUUUGGUGGUGGUAUCACUCUUGAUAGUGGUGAUGCCUCUGGUGGUGCUCUUGGCGGUAGUGGUGCCUUG